CCUAGGGCCUGUGUCUUCUUUUAGGGCGAUUGUGGAAACAAAAGCUUAGUUGCAGUUGCUGUUCCAAUAACAGGGGCUUGAUUCAUCUGAACCAUUGUUGAAGAAGCCUUCGAGCAUAUACUCUGCCCUAAUGGAUAUAGCAUCCGCUAGAUGGUUUACCGAGCAGGAUUUGGAUGAUUACAACUUGAUCCAUGAAUACCAUAUCAAGUCUCUUGCAGAUCAAUUGACCACACAAAACAUGGCAACUGCACCGGAAGAAAACCUCCGGCGAUCUUUCCCUUCUGAGAGCUGCUCCUCCUAUCCUCCUUUAAGCAGUUCCUCCAUUGAAACUUGUCAAACCGGCUCUGAGAGACCCAGUAAACUGCAUAAGACCAGCAGCUUCAACUCGAGCAUGAUUACAACCGAGCACCCAUCCCCAAAGCCUUCUACAACUCAAGUCCUUUGUUUCGAGUCCUCAUUAAUCUCAGCACCUGCGAAUUCUCAGCAGUGUUUCAUGAAUCUGAACUCCGCUACUACUUUUAAGCCUAAGGAAGAGGCUGCAUCUCCAAGAAAUUUGCGUUUCCAACCUUUGAUUUCGAAGGUCGCCCCCUUUGAGAGCCAAAAUUAUGAAAUGAAAGCCAGCCAAGGAGCUUCUAAUAAUAAGAAGCCUUACUCGAUAAGCAGAACUCCUUCACAUGCUCAAGAACACAUUCUGGCUGAGAGAAAGCGGAGAGAAAAGCUUAGCCAGCGUUUCAUUGCUCUUUCAGCCAUUGUUCCAGGCCUGAAGAAGAUGGACAAAGCUUCUGUUCUUGGAGAUGCUAUCAGUUAUGUGAAACAACUGCAAGAACGAGUGAAAGUACUCGAGGAACAGACCAAGACGAGAACUGUGGAAUCAGUCGUUCUGGUGAAGAAGUCUCAGCUCUCUGCUGACGAUGACUCUUCUUCAAGUGAGGAGAAUUCAGAUGGUAGCUCAGAUUCAGCACUUCCAGCGAUCGAAGCAAGGGUUUCAGAUAAGGACGUAUUGAUUCGAAUCCACUGCGAUAAACAACGUGGAGUUGUUCCAAAAAUACUGAAUGACGUAGAGAAUCUAAACCUAUCUAUCAUCAACAGCAGUGUCUUGCCCUUUGGUGAUUCCACCCUUGAUAUUACCAUUGUAGCUCAGAUGGAAGCUGAAUUCUCCAAGGCAGCGAAGGAUCUGGUGAAAAACCUAAGAGUGGCUUUUUUGAAGUUAACGUAGACGAAGUUCAGUUUAUGCAUUUCUUGUCUGUACAUCCAUAAUCAAAAUUAUUUUGCUAAAGCAAAAACUUUAGUUACUUCUUCUUCUUGUAACACUUCAAAGAAAGACAUAAGACUGGAAAUCUCAACUCUUCUCUUGCCGUGAGGUUUCAUGUUCUGUGGAUUUUCUUUUCCUUGUUUCCGUGGUUUAAUUACUUAUUAAUCAUGUUUUUUUACCCAGAAGCCGUAGAAAGAAUCACCACGGCCAUAGAUUGUUAGGGUUUUUGAACGGCUAAUGUAUGUCCCCUUAUUUCUUUGGAGCUUUUUUCUUACGAAGUGCAUUUGAAAAAUGUAUUUUGAUAGAAAGGGUGGGUAAAUUUUCAUUUCUCCAAUAGGAUUGCUAGCAUAGAAAAGCCACAAUUGAAGUGAUAGAUAAAAAAUAGAUAUGAGAUUUUCACAAUCUCAUAGAUAUGAGAUUUUUUUUCCCCAACUUUUCCAUUAUCAUUAAGAAGGGAGAUUGAAUUACAUUUAAUGCAAUUUAAAAGAAAAAUUGUCAGAUCA